CACCGCACAGUAUAUAAGCGCAACUGAACGGGUAGCAUUCGGCGUGUCAGUGCUGCUGUCUUGCCUUAACGACGAGGAUGAGCUACUCCGUGGAUUAUGGCCAGAGAUCUCUCCAUGGAAGAGUGAAAGGAGACUCCAUGCGAUUUCAGUCUAAACGUCAGCCUCAUUUUGCUUCGGAAGUAACGUCUUUCAAAAGUCCGACCGGCUUUGUGUCCGCCCCCCUGACGAAGAGUAACACGAUGAUUAAACAAACAUUCAAAACUCCAGUAGUAUGGCAAUCGUCCGAAGUCCAAGGAAGACGCGUCUUAGGAGAAAUUGAACACAAGCACGUCAGCGAGAAGGAGCUUCUCCAGGGGCUCAAUGACCGCUUUGCCGGCUUUAUCGACAAAGUCCAUCGGCUGGAAAGCCAGAACAAAAUACUAGAAAGCGAACUUACUGAACUUCGCCAGAAACAGAUAUCUCGCUCGUCACUGUCCGAAGUGUAUGACCCUGAGAUCAAAGAGCUAAGAGAACACAUUCGGCAGGUAAGCUUUCAGAAAAACAGGAUAGAGAUGGAGCGUUACCACCUGGAAGAAGAUUUCACUAUGUUAAGGGAAAAGUGCGAAAAUGAAGCUCGUAUUCGGUCAGAUAUCGAAGCCACCAUUACGACUUUAAAGAAAGAUAUUAAAGAUGCGUACCUUUUAAAAAUGGAGCUGGAACAGAAAGCUCAGUCACUCGCUGAUGAAAUUGUUUUCUUAAAGAAUGAUCACGGCGAAGAAGUUUCAGAAAUGAUGAUCCAAAUUCGACAAGCUGAGCUCGCAGUCGAGGUGAAAGACCCUGUGAAGCUGGACAUCGCUUCGGCUUUGAGGGAAAUCAGAAAACAGCUUGAAGGUCAAACAAGUACAUCCAUGAAACAUGAUGAAUGCUUCAAGACCAGGAUGGCUAAACUGACCAAGGCGGCCGAAGUUAACAGCAAAGCCCUUAAAGAUACAAAACAAGAAAUCCAUGAACACCAUCGGCAGCUACAGUCCAAAAGCAUGGAACUGGAAACUAUCAAAGGCACCAAAGAGGGUCUGGAGAGGCAACUCAACAGCCUGGAAGAGAGGCACGAUGCGGAAAUCACGCAAUAUCAGCAUACUAUCCAACAGCUAGAACAUGAGCUGAAACACACCAAAUGUGAGCUGUCUGGGUACCUGAGAGAAUACCAGGACCUUCUGAAUGUCAAGAUGGCUCUAGAUGUUGAAAUUGCCUCCUACAGGAAACUUUUGGAAGGAGAAGAAACACGGUUUUCCUUGGUGGCUGGAGCCCAACUUUCAAUGCCCCAUGUGUAUCGACAGUCCCCUAUAUAUACUCUUCCACGUGUCACAAAGAAGGCCUCUUAUAGACAGGAGCCUCAGUACAAGUUUGUUGAAGAAAUCAUUACGGAAACAACUAAAGAGGUCGAGAUGACAGAAAUUGAAGAUCUACAGGAACAAUUAAUCAGCACAAAAGAGGAAUCCAAGGAAAAGGACACCUCAGAAGAAGCUUCGGUUACAGAAGCUGCCACAAUGCUGACGAGCACUUUGCCUGACACCCUGCAUAUGGGAGAAGAAACAGUUCAGGACAGUGUGAAAUCUGAAGUGACAUCAGGAGGUGGAGAGGAUGAAGCAGAGGCAGAGGCUUCUAAGGACGAACUCCGAGAUGUUAAGGCAAUUCAGGGAAAAAGCCAAAUAAACACCUCAGAAGAGGUGGAGGAAUGUUUAAAAAACACUCCAGCUGAUGAAGCAGAAAUCGAGAAGGGAGGCCAAGUUUCAGACACAAUCUCUGCUCCUGGUAAGAUGAUCAUGGAAACAAUGGGGUUUAAAAGUGAAGAUGAGCAGAAGGAGAUGGGGUUGAAAGAUCAAGAGAAACAGAUGCCAGAAGAGAGUACAUUUAGAGACACUGUUAUACAAGAUGCCUGCAAAGAAGAAUGUGAAGAUGUUAUGCUAAAACCAGAGGAACAUCCCAUCAAAAAGGAGACAACUGAGAAAGAUGAGACAUCUGUUAUGGACACAGAAGAAACUGAAAACCCCACAGGACAAAAUGCAAGGCAUGUGGAUGGUUCAGAGAGUGAGCACCUUCUCAUGGUAGAGAAAACUGUAAAUAAUAAGGUGGAAGAUAGAGAAGAUGCUCAAAGUAUCAGAGUGGAAAGUCAAGAGGGGAUAAUGAAGGAAAUGGAGGAAGUCAGAAUUACAGGUCUUGACCCAGUGGUCCAGGUCACAGACAAGCAACAUGAAUUUCAGGAUGGACAAGCAUCAAGUCCAUUAAAGUCUGAAACAUGUGAGCCACCUUUAGUGACUGAGAUGGCAAGUGAAUUUGAGACCACUAAAGAGGAAACGAUAAAGAGCCACAUGAUUGCCAAAGAUAAGUAUUCUAAGCAGACUGAAACACCUGAAGUUAAGGAAAUAAGAGAUACAACAUUAAUAAAUGAAAACAUGAAAACUGAAGUUGAAGAAACAAUCAAAAUGGAUCAGGACGAACCAAACAUGGAAACACAUGGUGAGGAAAAUCUGGACAAUGUGGCCUCUCAAUCAAAAGAAGAUAACGAGAAACAGGAAAAAAUGCAUUCUCGGACUAAAAAAGAUACCGUGAAACUGGAAGAAGAUAACAAGAAACAGGAAAAAAUGCAUUCUCAAACUAAAGAAGACAACGAAAAUCAGGGCAAAUUGGAGUCUCCAACUAACAAUAUUAAUGAAAAACUGAAAAACAUGACCUCUCCAUCAAAAGAAGAUAAUGAAAAACAGGAGAAAAUUGAGUCUCCCACUAAAGAAGAUAAUAAAAAACUGGAAAUUAUGAAGCCUUCAACUGAAGAAGAUAGUGAAAAACAGGAGAAAAUUGAGUUUCCUGCUAGAGAAGAUGAUGGAAAAUUAGGAAAUAUGACACCUCUGUUCAAAGAAGAUAUUAAGAAAUGUGUAGAAAUUGAGCUUUCAACUGAACAAGAUAAUGCAAAACAGGAAAAGAUAGAUUCUCCAACCAAAGAAGCUGUUUCUGACAGAAAAAAUGAUGAACAAGAAGGUAAACAGUUUGAACUAAAGGACUCAGUGAACAAGGACGACCUUUUUAAAUCUAAACUCAUCCCAGAAAUAAAACCUCAUAAGGAAAAGGAUGGAGAAUUCCAAGUUGUGCACAGCCCCACCUUGACCAGAUCCGAAGAUGUUCUGCAGACGCAGCAUGACGGAGAGGAUUCUUCUUCAAGAGGCCCAAUGAAUAUUAAUGAGCAUCAAAAAGACAAGACAGAAGAGGAUGGAGGAAAUAUCAUCACAGAUAGGAAGCUUAAAGAGGGACUCUCCUUGGUUACGGUUUCUGAAGAAAUUAGAGACAGUACACUUGAUUCUUGCUUAGAAAAUGGCUUUGACAAACAAAGUCCUCACCUCUCUGGGUGACACUGUAAAGCAUACCGAAGGGUCUGAAAUACCCAAGGAGGUCAGCCACAACAAUAGGCUGAAUACGCAAACCUAAAACUCUCAUAAUACAGUAUUAGAAAAGAAAGCAACAAUGCAAUUUGAACUAAGAUGCAUGUAGCUUGCUAGCCUUUCAAGACAUCAUGAAUUUAUGUAUUUUGAAAAAUGAAUUUGAUGAUAAUACUGUUCUGUAUGAAAUACUGUAAUCCAUUUAAAUGAUGGUAGGUCUUGGGCAAUGAAAAUCUCACCUGACGACAUACCACAAUACUUGUCUUGAAAUGAUUAGGAGUGUCAGUACCACCUAGUAACACAUUAAAAGAAACUGUACAGAA